UUUGAGUUGAUUCAAGUUAUUAUUUUCUUAAUUCUGUUUUUAACUUGAUUUUAUUUAUUAUGUUAUUUUAUUAAUUAUUUUAGAACCAUGGACACACCAAUUUCUUUAUUACAUGUUAUUUGCAUGCACAACAAUACGAAGGCUGAUUAUACGUUAUUAUCAAGAGAAGGACAAGUUCAUUUGCCGACAUUUACUUUUCGUGUACAAGUGAAUCAACAUGUGGAAGAAGCAUCUGGUCAAUCAAAGAAGAAAGCCAAACAUUUAGCGGCAAAAAAAAUGAUAUUAAGGUUGUUCGAAGAUCCAAAAAUAGACAUUAAAGAAGAUCGUAAUGAUAUUCUCGACAGUUUAAAAGAUGUUGAUGAAUCGGUGGAUAUCAUUGAGAACAAGCGAACUUGUGAAUCGAAUGAAUCAUCAACCAAUGGCCAAAAAGGUUUUAAUAAAGAAAUAAUUAAACCAGGACAAACAAUGCCUGGUACUUGGUCGGAAUUAGAAAAUCCUAUAGGCAAACUGCAAGAAAUCUGUAUGAAAAAGCAUUGGCAUCCACCAAUCUAUGAAGAAGCUCAAUCAACCGGAUUGCCUCACGAACGAUUAUUUACAUUUCAAUGUAAAAUUGAAAACAUGAAUUUGUGUGUAUACGGUAUGGGCAAAUCAAAAAAGUCAGCUAAACGCGAAGCGGCGGAAAGAAUGUUGACAGUAAUGCGAGAUGAACAUUUAGAUAAGGUUGAUGAAAUUUUGGAUCGGAUACCGAAAAAUACACCGUUAAGCAAUGAUCAAUCCGAAAGUGCAUUUAAUCUCAGAACUGAAAUUAUAGCUUUUCAAACAAACCAAGAAAAAAAUCGUUUGGCAGAAUCUAACCUUAAUUCGUUCUUUAAACAAAUCAUUUCAAAUGAAAAACUUGUUAAUGAAAUUCGUAAUUUAGUGCCAGGUGAAAUCAAUGAAUUUAUGCAAAAACAUCUUUGUGACACGGUCAUCGAAAAUAUCGAUAUUUUGCUAAACAAAACCGCAGAAUUAAUCAAAUGUCGAGCUCAUUGUAUUCUACAUCCAGAAAAAUCUCAGGUCGAUCAAUAUCAAUAUUGGGCUGAAUUGAUUGCAAAAGAAACGCCUUAUGAUAAUCUUUCUAUAUUGUCCGUUUGGGGAACAGAUGAUGAUCUUCAAAAAGCAAAACAAAAAGCACUUUCCCGUUUAUUAAUUACAUUCCUUUGGUAUUGUUGUUUUUGAUUUCAUCUAGACCAUUAAUUAAUGGCAAUAGAAAGGCCAAUAACUACAAACAUCUAUAUGAUUUGGUUCGCUAAAAAAAUGAUUUUAUAGUUUCUUUUCUUGAUUUUAAUUUCUAAUCUAUAUUGU